AUGGAAAAUCCACCAACAGAUACACCUUCUCCUAUUCUAAAGCGAAAUUCAGCUGAUAUGGGAAGGAUUUACAGAGUUUUGUGUGAUCCUAGAAGUCCAGACAAAGUGAAAUGCACGUUGUGUGGGAAAGAGUUCUCUGGUGGUGUUUACAGAAUGAAGGAACWCAUAGCUCAUAUGAAGGGAAAUGUCUCUUCUUGUCCACGUUCAACUAAAGAGGAUCAAGAGAYGUGUAAGAAGGCAAUUCUUGAAGCAAAAAACAAGAAAGGUCUGAAGAGGAAACAUGAGGAAGAUAUGAGGGCAGAGGUUAAUAUAAGUAAAGACAGCAUCAUUGAGCAYCUGGAAAGAGAACUUGGAACUCUUAAAACUCCUCACUUCCAAGGUCCGAUUGAUCAAUUUGCCACCAUCAUUAACCCUGAAGCUUCGUUGGCUGCACAAAAACGGCAACAGAAUAUCCAUGAUGCUAUUUGGAAGGGGAAGACACAUGCUUUUGGGCCUGGUUGGAUGCCUCCAACUCAGUAUCAGUUGAGAGAACCAUUGUUAAAUGAAGAAGAAAAAAGGACAAAGGAAAAGUUGAAGAGUCUAGAAGAAGAAUGGGACAAAGAUGGCUGCUCCGAUGCUUCUAAGGAUUCUCACACGGGUGAGUAUAUCUUCAACUACAUUGACAAGUGCAUUGAAGAUUUAGGGGCAGAGAAGAUUGUGCAAGUGGUGACAGAUAAUGCUACCAAUAACGUAUCAGCUGCAAGAUUGCUUAAACAAAAGAGACCGAGAAUCUUUUGGUCUGGAUGUGCUGCUCACACUGUGGACUUGAUGCUUGAGGGAAUUUCGAAGUUGCCUGCUUUUGCUAAAAUCAUAGAUCAAGCAAAGGCAGUCACCAUCUUUAUAUAUGCUCAUCAUAAAACAUUAUCCAUGAUGAGAACAUAUACUAUGAAGAAGGAUAUAGUGAGACCAGGAGCAACAAGGUUUGCAACUUGCUUCUUGACACUUCAUAGUCUUUAUGAGAAGAAGGCACAACUGAAAAACAUGUUUGGCAGUGAUGAGUGGCAUGGUUGUAACCAUUCCAAGUGUGUGAAAGGUCGGAAUGCGUUUGAUAUUGUUAUGAGUUAUGCAUUUUGGACUAGUGUGAUGGUUGUUUUGAAAAUGUUCAACCCUUUAGUGAAGGUUCUAAGACUGGCCGAUGGAGAGAAGAUACCGUCUCUUGGGUUUAUCUAUGGUGAGAUUUUAGAAGCUAAGAAGACUAUCAAGGAAGCUUUUGACAAUUUGGAGCGUAGUUAUCAACCUGUCUUUCAGAUUAUUGAUGAGAAAAUGAAAGGUAGGUUGGAUUCUCCUUUGCAUAUAGCUGCCUACUUCCUCAAUCCUUUCUACUACUACAAAGAUUCGAGGAUAUAUGACGUUGAGGUCAUGCAAGCAUUCACUGUUUGUGUAGAGACAUUCUAUCAUGGUGACUUCAAAAAACAAAGUUUAGUCGUGAAUGAUGAAGUCCAUCACUACAUAAACAAAACUGAUACUUUUGGCAUAGCCUUAGCAUUAAAAGGAUGUGAAAAGAAGGAUGAAACAUUCGAUCCAGACAUGAGAGAAGAACAACAUGUUGCAAUCUUGGUGGUGACUGUUGUUGUAGUAUUAGUUCUUGGAACAAUUCAAGAAGUGGAAUCUCAUAAAGACCAACCUUUAUCUGGAAUUGCUAUCCAUAAAACAACAUUUCAUCUCAAUGUAAAAGCUUAUGUCAAAGCCUCUCCAACAGUUCUUGGAUCUAAUGGUCGACAUAGUGAAUUUGUGCUGGUCGAAUAUAGUAAUCCGAAACCAUCAGAUGAUGAUUGGAUUGGAGUGUUUUCUCCUGCUGAUUUCAAUGCAUCGACUUGUCAAGGAGAUAACAAAAUGGUGAAUCCACCUCUACUUUGUUCCGCUCCUGUCAAGUUUCAGUAUGCAAACUAUAGUUAUCCAAGGUACAAUAGUACCGGGAUCGGUUCCUUGAAGCUUCAGCUGAUCAACCAGAGAUCGGAUUUCUCCUUUGCGCUCUUUUCUGGCGGAUUGUUGAAUCCAAAGCUUGUGGCAAUCUCAAACAAAGUAGCCUUUGAGAAUCCAAAGGCACCAGUUUAUCCGCGAUUAGCACUAGGCAAAGAAUGGGAUGAAAUGACAGUGACAUGGACUAGUGGUUAUGGCCUUGACAUAGCUGAACCUGUCGUUGAGUGGGGCAUUAAAGGAAGAGAGCGUAAACUCUCACCUGCUGGGACAUUGACCUUCGGGCGUUACAGCAUGUGCGGUGCUCCUGCAAGAACGGUUGGAUGGCGUGAUCCCGGAUACAUACACACAGCUUUUCUCAAAGAGUUAUGGCCUAAUUCCAAGUAUACAUACAGAGUUGGGCAUAGAUUGUCCAAUGGUACAUUCAUCUGGAGUAAAGAGUAUCAAUUCAAAUCUUCACCUUUUCCGGGCCAAGAAUCUCUCCAACAUGUUGUUAUCUUUGGAGACAUGGGAAAGGCUGAGGUUGAUGGCUCAAACGAGUACAACGAUUUCCAACGCGCUUCUCUCAACACCACAAAGCAACUUAUUAAAGAUCUAAACAAGACUGAUGCAGUGUUCCACAUUGGAGAUAUCUGUUAUGCAAACGGGUACCUUUCGCAAUGGGACCAAUUCACCGCGCAGAUUGAACCGAUUGCUUCCACUGUUCCAUACAUGAUUGCAAGUGGAAACCAUGAGCGUGACUGGCCAAACUCAGGAUCGUUUUACCAGGGUUUAGACUCUGGAGGUGAAUGCGGUGUACCAGCUGAGACAACGUUCUAUGUUCCUGCUCAAAACGGAGCCAAUUUUUGGUACUCGAGUGACUACGGAAUGUUUAGGUUCUGCGUGGCUGACACAGAACACGACUGGAGAGAAGGAACAGAGCAAUACAACUUCAUUGAACACUGCUUAGCAUCAGUCGACAGAAAAAAACAGCCUUGGCUGAUAUUCUUAGCUCAUCGUGUGCUCGGUUAUUCCUCCACAUCGUUCUACGCAGAAGAAGGCUCUUUCGCUGAACCAAUGGGAAGAGACAGCCUUCAAAAGCUCUGGCAGAAGUACAAAGUCGACAUUGCAGUCUAUGGCCAUGCACAUAACUACGAGAGAACCUGCCCGGUAUACCAGAGUGUAUGCACGAGUCAUGAGAAGAGCAACUACAAUGGUCCGUUGAACGGGACAAUCCACAUUGUUGCUGGAGGUGGAGGAGCUGGUCUUGCUGAAUUCUCCGAUCUGCAACCGAAUUGGAGUCUGUUCAGAGAUUACGACUACGGAUUCCUUAAACUCACCGCGUUCGAUCACUCUAAUCUUCUAUUCGAAUACAAGAAGAGCAGCGACGGACGAGUCCAUGAUUCAUUCACGAUAUCAAGAGAUUAG